AUAUUCCUGCCCGCCCUGCACCACUCGUUCGUCAGCAGGAAAGCCAAAAUCGAAAAACUGUUUUGUUGGCUCACAUUCGGUAGGUUCGAAUCGUACAAUACCGUAGGUUUCACAUACCUCCGGAGUUUUACAAAAUACGAAGUACUUCCUCCUUGCAUGCCAUGGGGGCUGCGUGAGAAUGUACUGCCCCCAAUUUAUUUUCAAUUAAGGUAAGAAAACCAAUUUCUGAUUGUUGCAACAAAAGAGCAUGUUCAUUUAUUUCAAAUCAACCGAUUGGCACGUGUAUUGAUCACUUGAAGCAAUUUUUUGUAUUUACGACAUCACCAAUCAUAAGAGCCUGAUCCAAAGCAAACUGAAUUUGAAGUUUCGAUGAAUCAUCGUCGUGAAGUCCUGAACUCAGAGAUGGAGGGAUGCACUACCUGCAAUGCACGGACUACAACAGAAGGUAUGGACGAGAUUAUCCCAUCCAUCAUUAACGCAUUAUCGUUUAAUGAUACGCCCGAGAAUUUGGAAAGUACCGUUGGCGCCACGGCUACUGAACGCCAACAGCCGAGGAAACCGCAACAUGUUUUUGCCACGGGCAGGAACUUAUCCACAAGCAGCAGCCGAAGGCGGAGGCGUCCGCAGCAGGAGAAUUCACGCGCUGCAGAGCAAUCCUCCACGACCAGUACAGAGGAGGGGAGCGGAUAUCUAGAUGUAUUUCCCUCUAUAGCAAACGUAUUUACGACGAACGAUGAUGCUGGCAGCAAUAGUAGUUCUGCGAAUCAAGCAAAUGGUGACUGCAGACGAAAAAUCCACAUACCGUCUAAAUCACCAAAUGUCAGGAGUAGAAGUUAUCAGACUGAGAAUGUCCCCGAAACAUGUGCUGCUCAGGUAUUACCUUCUAUCAGAAAUGUUCUUUCAAUGAAUGAUAGUGAGAUUGUCGAGGACUCGAAGGCUCCGGGAGUGAGCUAUCCUUUCGUCAGAAAUGUUUUUUCGAUGAAUGAUGUCGAAAGCAAUAAAGCCAUUGAAGAAACAUCGAAUAAUGGUAAGAUAACCAUGGCCUCCAGUUCAUUGAAUUUGCCCUCGAUGAUUGAUGAACUGGACGAAAUUUCGAUGCAACGAGAACAGAAACCAGCACAGAGAAUCCUCGUUACAAGAGCAUACGAGGUGAAAGAGCACUAUCUAGAAUCGGUAUUUUAUGUCUCUAUAUCAGCGAUUUUAGGUUCUGUUUUUCGAGUUUACAUGGCGAGGAUAUUUGGUUUAGAUUGCGAAUACGAAGGGGGCUUUAGCGACUUUUUGUCCCCUGUAGCAACAAAUAUCUGUGUUACGAAUGGAGGUCGAACGGAACAGACCGGUGGUGCAUUAUUCACAGAUUUUCCCUCGAAUGUAUUUGGAAGGUGAGUGUGAUUUUUACGAAUACAAUGGUGAAAUGCUAUAGUAUGAGAAAUUGAAACAGGCUCACUUACACUCCCUCCAACGCGUCGAACGAAGCUUCUUGAUGGGUUUGAUAACACCUACUGUAGGUGACGAACGAGCAAGAUUGCCAUGGUUGCACAAAGACCACCCACUUCAGCGUGACGAAGUUUUCCAUGCAAGCUUGGGCACCGGAUUUUGCGGCUGUUUGACGACCUUUGCCUCGUGGAAUACGCAAAUGAUCGUUAUGUUAGAUGGAUCAUACUGUGAGCUUGGGUCGCAAGUAGUAACAGUUUUAUUCGGCUAUAUAAUUGGAAUGAUGGGCGCUGCGUGUGGUUUUCAUUAUGGUAGACAGUGUGGAAUGUGGAUGUACAACUUUCGACAUCAAAAUAAUGAUGACAGGGCAAACUCAUCGCGUGGGGGAAGGAGUGAAGUGGACGAUGUAUCCAGUAGCGAGUCUCAGAUUUCGAUGGAUGAAGGUGUCGAGUUGGUAGAUGAUGACAAUGUGAAAUUACAGCCUGUCCCGAGUCAUCUUCAUAAGAUUCCUCUCUUUUUGACUGCAAUAGCUCUGUUGAUUGGUUUCAUUAUUGCGAACAUUGUCAGUGGCCUUGAAUUUUACAGGGGGAUGAUCUUGCUAUGGGUUCUCUCUCCUGUCGGUUCCUUAUUGCGCUGGAGAUUGUCGAAUCUCAACGUCCAGAAAACAGAAGGGAUGUUCACUUUGUCCCCUCUCUGGAUACCGUGGGGAACUUUAAUUGCAAACAUGCUUGCGACUGUCAUUUCGGCUUGUAUGGAGGGGCUUAACGACAGAUACUAUUCUGGUUCUAAUCAAACGUCAAUAAAAAGCAAAUGGAUUG